GGCCGGCCACUGUGAUGCUCAAUUUAAUUGUAGAAAUUUUACAAUACUAGAAAUUAGGUAACUGUAUAUUUUACAAUGCUAGAAAUUAGUAUCAUGGUUCAAUUUGUGUUAUGCAUGUGCAGGUUACAACAAUGGAUGGUUUUUUGGAAUUGAUGAGUGAGCAAAAUAUUGAAGACAAUGGACCAUAUUGGGAUGAUAGUCAAUUUGUAAGCCCACAUGAGGAGCAACAACUGUCACAUGUAGAAGCUGGUGCAUCCCAAAAAGCAAAAAAGGCCAGAUCAAAAAAUUUCAGUGUAAAAGAAGACAACAUGUUGGUGUCGGCAUGGCUAGAAGUUAGUUUGGAUGCUAUACAAGGGAAUGAACAAUCCCGUGCUACGUAUUGGCAAAGAAUUACUGAUUAUUUUCACGAGCACAAGGACUUUGCAUCUGAUCGGAAUUCCAAUUCUCUCCAGCACCGUUGGUCUGUCAUACUAGAAGGUGUUAACCGGUUUUGUGGAUGUUAUGUCCAGAUUCAAAACAGGAGGCAAAGCGGGGUGACAGAACAAGAUAAGGUAAUGCAUGCAUGUGAAUUGUAUAAGUCAAAAGAUCCGAAGGGCAGAUCGUUCGGAUUGUUGCAUUGUUGGAAUAUCUUGCAGCACGAGCAAAAGUGGAAGGAUACGUGUAUCCAGAAAAAACAGAAAACAUCCACCACUGGAAGUCCGUCGUCCACUCCUGGGACCAACGAGAGUCAUCUAGGGGAUGAUGGGGAGGGUCAUACUUCAGAGCCCGUGGUUAGGCCAGGAGGUAGGAAGGCGGAGAAAGAGCGACAGCGGCGAGGUAAAAAUCUUGUCUCUCCUGGAGAUAAUCUUUACAUGGAAGCAUUGGAAAACAUGUGGGCUAAGAAGAAAGAGGCAGAAGCCUUGAAAGAGGUUGCAAAAAAAGAGCGCUAUGAUGAAAGACUUGCACUUGAGAAGAAAAGGAUUGAACUGAAGGAACAAGAUAUUGAGUUAAGGAGAAGGAUUGAAGAUGAUAAGGUGAUGAAUAUGGAUCUUACUGGUAUGAGUGAGCGACAACGACAAUACUAUACGAGCUUGCAGGAUGAGAUCAUCGCUCGGCGGUUUGGCACAGGCUCGGGUUGAGCUACUUUAUGUAUGGAACUUUAAGUAUUUUGUUGGCACUUUAAGUAUGUUGUAUGAACUUUAAGAAUUUUGUUUGCAUUUUAAGUAUGUUGUAUGAACUUUAAGUGUGUUGUACGAAAUCUAUGUUAGUUGUAUGGACUAUCUAUGUUAGUUGUAUGCACUUGUAGUGUUGUUGUGUGAUGAAAAAGCUACAUACAUUACCAUACGUUAUUACAACUGCAUACAUAGUUAAAAACGUUACAUGAUAGGUACUGAGUACAUUAUUACAAGUGUAGACAUAAUUAAAAUAGUACAUGAUAGGUAUCGACUAUAUUGGUACAACUACAUACACUACACCCCUCCAUAUUUUUCCCACAGGUGCUCGACUAGAUCAUCACGAAGCUGUGAGUGAGUUUCCCUGUUAGUAAUGGCUUGAUGAGUUUGAAGAAACGCUUGCAGUUCAGCCGUAGGACGAUGGGAAA